UCCCCCGGUCCCGGCCCGAGCGGCCUGAGCUGGCAGCAGCAUGUGGAGCGGGCGGGCGGCGGUGGUGCGGAGCUGGUGCCGGGCGGUGCGCAGCUCCGCGGCGCUGGGCGGCUCCAGGAACCUGCUGAGGAAGAUGCUGCGCAAAAAGAAAAAGAAGUUUUGGUACGACAGCCCUGACCUGGGAUCCCAGCUGAUGUAUAAACCAAGUGGUUUGGCCUCUGUGCUGAGAGCUGAGCAGAGAGAAACCAGGAGGGAAGACACCAUCCGCUGCAGUGUCCUGAACGGCCUCAUUUACAAAGCUGUGACUGACAUGCUGACUACCUGUGAAAUCAGCCAAGAGCUGUAUGAGCUCAAGCUGCAAAUCUGCAAGGUGUCCCUGGCAUCCAACUUUUCAGCAUGUCGUGUGUACUGGAACCCAGCUGCUACAGUGGGGGAAGAGAGUUACAUUGAGAGUGUGCUGCAGAAGAGUGCUCCACGGAUCAGGUAUCUCCUGACCAGCCAGCAGAUCCUAGGACACGUCCCCCCAAUUGUGUUUAUCAAAGACAAGGGAGCUGCAGCUGUCAAAGAGGUUGAGCAGUUACUGGCAGUUGCUGAUUUUGGACCUCCAGAAGAGGAAGAAACAUCUCAGAAUGAUUCCAGCCAACUGCUCUCUUCAGCAGCUCCAUCUCCAGACUCACCCCUGCAGCCUCAUCUUUUUGGUAUCAAUCAUGAGCUGCUGAAGAAGCAGAUCAUGGACUACAAGAGGUUGAAGAUGUCACAGGGUGUAGAAAGCAUCCCCUGGACAAAAGAGCAGGAGAAGCAGCUUUCUAAGUUGAAGAAGAAAAGGAAGAAGCCCAAGAAUGCUCCUGAUGAUGACAUGACACCACAGAAGUACUUGCUGGAGCGACAUGAGGCUGAGUGCUGGGAUGAGAACACCCAGCCAGCCUUGGACUGUGAGCUGGAGGAUGAAUGGCAGGAAGAGCUGACUGAUUUGGAUGAGGAUGAUGGCAAUAAGCCUACUGAUCAACCUCAAUGAAGUGUAAAAGCUGCUCCUUUUCCAAUGGAGGCUGCCAAGAGCAAAUAAAAGAGUGCCAUGGAUGAGUUUUGGGCA